UUUUUUUUCCCUUUUUUUUUUUUUUUUUUUUUUUUUUUGCGUUGAUGCUCUGCGAGCCGGAGCCGGCGGGAGACGCGGUCCUCACCUGAGAGAUCCGGCACAAUUCCCCCGUUGGAAGGCUGUUAAUGGAGAAGAGGGCGGAUGACAGCCGGGACCGUGGUCAUCACAGGUGGAAUAUUAGCAACUGUCAUUUUACUUUGUAUCAUCGCUGUCCUCUGCUACUGUAGGCUCCAGUACUACUGCUGCAAGAAGGAUGAGUCCGAGGAGGAUGAGGAGGAGCCCGACUUCGCCGUGCACUCCCACAUCCCGCCGCUCCACUGCAACCGCAACGUAGUGCUGACCAACGGCCCGUCCCUCUACACCUCAUCCCCCUUUGGCAAGAAGCCCACGCCGAGCCGGCCGAGCUGCCCCGGCUGCACGCCGUAUGAGCCCCCCACCUUCUUCCUGCAGGAGCCCCCCGAGGAGCUGCACAAUGGGGGCGACCGGGUGAGCUACAAGACAGUGAGCCAGGAAGAUCUCGAUCUGCCGGUGAGCGUGGCCAACCUGCAGGCGCUCAACCCCAACCGGCUCUCAGCCAUGCGGGAAGCCUUCUCCCGCAGCCGCAGCAUAAGCACUGAUGUGUGAGGCGCUGGCUGCCCACCCAGCCCCUGGAGCAUCACAGCGCACCUCGCCACUGCUGCUGGGGCUUGUAACAGUGGGGAGAACUUUUUGAAAUUCAUGGAAGAGGGUGGGGUUUUUUUUUUGGGGGGGGAAAGAAUGUAUUUCUCUGUUCCGUAGGCAGAGAUGUGCUAAAUGGCAAUAUAAAGGGGUAACAAAAAAACAAACCUGGAAGGGAAGCAUGGGGGAGGGUGGUUGCAGCUGGGAUGCAAGGUUUUCUAGCGCUGCGUUGCAUUUUUUGUUUGUUUUAUAAAGAGGAUUUUGAUAUUGUGCAUCCUUUUAAUACAAACGCCCCUCCUCAGCAUUCGGCUGUAGUGCCGAGUGAUGACAAGCAAGCGGUGGAGCACACGGUUGACUGCAAAAUGGCUCAUGCUGCAAGUCAGCCGGCACCUGCUGCCAUGUUGUGGGGGCAUGCUGCAGCCCACUGCUCCUGGCCCUAGUGUGCAUACACCCCCACGCCCCCAUAGCAAAGCAGGGCUGCUAUUGCCCACGCUGCUGCCACCCCCUCCUGCACCUCUCUGCACUGCAGCUCUGUAUGUGCGUGCACAGCCCUGCCCUAUCCCCAGGCUAUCUUGCUCCUCAAGUUGGUCAUUUAUUCCUGGGUGACAGGUGCAAUUCCCUCAGGGUUAGGAUGGCCAGUGGGUGCACAGCCUGUCCCUGCUCCUGGAGCCCCUGGAGCACCCCCACAGCCCCCCAGUGGAGCAGGGCUGGGGGGAGUUGCAAACCAAUUGCAUUACCUGGCUAUGGAAAUGACACACAGGGCAGUUACGGAUGGAGAGGUACACCUGUAGCUGCCCCCUCUGAAUAAUCAGCACCCCUGCUCCAAAUAAUGCCAUUUGCACCUUCUGAUUGAGGGCUGGGUGAGCAAGAGUGUCAUCAUGUAUGUGCCCAACCCUUGCAUGCACAUUUCUACAUGCAUCUCUGUUGGGUUUUUUUAGAAAAAAAGAAAAAAAAAGCCAUGACACUUUCUCUCCAUGCAGGAAUGUGUCAAAACACUUUAGAUUUAGGCAAAGCCACCUCUUUUGCAUUUUUCAUCCAGCCGUUUCCCACAGCUGGGCAGCCUGGCGGGGGCUGCGGCACCGGCACCGGCUCUGCCCCAGCUCCGUGGGCCGCGCUGGCUCCAGGCAGAGCAGGCGGCGAGGAGCUGGCAGCAGAGAGCAUCCCUCUGCGCUACAAACCAGUGCUUUGGGAGGAAGACAUGCACAUUGCAUCGGUGCCUGCAUGGGGACUCUCGUGCUCUGGUUUCUCCUGGCUGUCUCAGUUCUUCCCCUCCACCCUUGCAAUACUCACGGUUUGUCUGACAAAACACCCUCUUUCUCCUGGAGCGAGUGUGCGUUAUUCAGAUUAAAAGCAUGGCGCUGGACUUGGGGAUGGCUGCUGGAGGAUGGACUGGCUGCAAAGAGACUCUCGUGGCCUCAGGGCUGUGCUCUGGGUCAGCUUUCCUUUUUAAAGAUGCGAUGGGAAGAAAAAAGCCGUGGCUUCAGCCCCAGCGGCUCCCAAAUACUGUAUGCAGCCCAGCUGGGUAUUUUACUUUUAACCACGAGGGCUUUUAAUUCCACAGGAAAUCUUUUGAAGUACAAGUCUGUCUUUGCAAAUGAGUAACUUCAACUUUCUUGGGGGGGGUUCUAU